UAAAUCAUCAUUCUAUUACAUUGUAUUACAUACUGUACUGUUUUUUUAAGCAGUGUGUUGUGGAAAAAACACAUUAAAAUAUUAGAUCGCUGCUGCACUUUCACAGCAUGUACAUGGAGACGCUGAAGUCGGCUGAGAAGAGAAAUGAUUGGAAGCCAGAGUAAUUUUGGUAGGUUAAAAAAAAGUUCAUCAAGACACUGGAUUGAGUCAUAGACGUAGGUGGAACAAAGGGUAGUCACUGUCUGCUGCAUUUAAGGACUGACUGCUCUUGCUGAUUUCUAAAUUCACAGCUCACACAAAAUGUCCAGCUAGAUAUUUUGAUACAAGGAAUCAUUUCAAAAUGAGCAACACAUCUAGUCUAUUUGUGUUCUCACUGUCUGGCUUCAGCUCCACCGUCAACUACAGAUUUACUCUUUUCUCUCUCACUUUACUAUGUUAUUUUCUAAUCCUGAUGGUAAACGUGUCGAUCAUUUCAACUAUAAUACUGGAUGAAAACCUCCAUGAGCCCAUGUACAUAUUUUUGUGUAACCUAUGUGUCAAUGCACUUUAUGGAACUGCAGGCUUUUACCCUAAAUUUGCUUAUGAUCUUUUAUCUGAAAUUCAUAUUUUGUCAUUUGCUGGAUGCCUUUUUCAAGUUUUCAUCCUGCAUUCGUAUGCUAAGGUCGACUACUCUAUUCUAGUGCUGAUGGCUUAUGACAGGUAUGUGGCUAUAUGUCGACCUCUGGAAUAUCGCCGUGUUAUGUCUGUGAGAGCCACGGCUCUGCUGGUCACUUUGUCCUGGCUUGUACCGCUCUGCUGUGUGGCUCUUGUCGUGGCUUUGACAUCCAUGCUGAGAUUUUGUGGCUCACAGAUCCAGAAGCUUUACUGUGAAAACUGGACGAUUGUUACACUUGCUUGUAGUUCAACAUCAGCAAACUAUAUAGUUGGACUGUUUUUUAUUUUAUUCUAUACGGCGCAUGUAGUAUUCAUUGUGUGUUCAUAUCUGUGUUUGGUGAAGUCAGCUCUAAAGUCUAGAGAGGGCAGGAGAAAGUUUGUACAAACGUGUGUGCCACAUUUAUUUUGUCUCUUCAACAUCUCUGCCGUUUUACUUUUUGAUUACUUGUAUUCAAGGUUUGGAUCAGCAUCUUUACCAGAAAGUGUUCAGAACUUCAUGUCUGUACAGUUUGUUAUUAUUCCUCCUAUUCUCAACCCUGUUAUUUAUGGAAUGAUCCUGACUAAAAUUAGAUACAGAAUCACAUAUUUGUUAUUUAUUGCAUUUCAAAGAUUUAAAUUGAGAUUGAACAUUGAUUACUGA